AUGCGUUUUUCUAUGUUGAUGACCUUCGGCGCCGUCGCCCUCCCCGCCCUAGCCUUCCCUGUGAACAACCUCUACGAACGAGAAUUCGAUAGCCUCUAUGCUCGCGAAGCUCAAGAUGGGAGCGAGGCAUUUAGCUUUGGCCCGUUGUUGAAAGGCUUCAAGAUCGGCACUCAUAUUGCUAGCGGCUUGCAGAAUCAGAACCAGAACCAGAACCAGAACCAGAACCGCCGCGAGCUGAUGGAGCGCAAUGAUGGCAGCGAGGCAUUGAACUUAGGCACAUUGUUCAAAGGGUUCAAAAUCGGUACUAAUAUUGCAAGCGGUUUGCAAAAUCAGAACCAGAACCGUCGCGAGCUGAUGGAGCGCAAUGAUGACAGCGAGGCGAUAAGUUUUGGCCCGUUGUUCAAAGGGUUCAAAAUUGGCACCAACAUCGCCAGCGGCCUCCAGAACCAGAACCAAAACCAGAACCGCCGCGAGCUGAUGGAACGCGAUGCUACUAACGCUGGCAGUGAAGCGUUGGGUCUUGGAUCGCUGUUGAAGGGCGCGGCACAUCUUCUACACUUUGGCGGCGAUAGCAACAACAACAACAACCAGAACAAGAACCGUCGUAGCGAAGAAAUUCUCGGUCAGCUCCUCGCUCGCCAGUUCCUCGAAGAUGGACACUUGUACUAA